AUGCCUGGCGGCUACUCCUCGAUGAUUCACGUUCUUCUUCUCCUUGCACUAUUUCCACUCGCUGCAGCCCAGCUGUGGCCGUUCUGCGGCAGCGGCCAAGGCACCUACUCGACAGGCAGCACAUACCAGACCAACCUUCGAACACUCCUCGGCACGCUCCGCGGGAACGCCUCCUCCUCGCCGUCUCGCUUUGCCUCGGGCAACUUCGGGGCCGUACCGGACACUGCCUGGGCUCUGGUUCUCUGCCGGGGCGACAUCAGCGUCACCGACUGCUUCGACUGCGUCACCACGGCCAGUAGGGACGCGGAGAGAGCCUGCAACCGCAGCAGGGACGUGGGCCUCUUCUACAACGAGUGA